AUGCACGGUGGUGAUGGUCCACAGGGUAGUGGUGGUCCACAUGUUAGUGGUCUGCAUGGUGGUAAUGGUCCACAGGGUGGUGGUGGUCUGCACAGUGGUGGUCUGCAUGGUGGUAAUGGUCUGCAUGGUGGUGGUGGUCUGCACAGUGGUGGUCUACAUGGUGGAGCUGAUCUGCAUGGUGGUGGUGGUCCCCAUGGUGGUGGUCCCCAUGGUGGUGGUCCGCAUGGUGGUGGUGGUCCACAUGGUGGUGGUCCCCAUGGUUGUGGUGCUCUAAAUAUUUGGACUUUUGACCGUGAAGGUCAAGGUCAUUUAUAG